GAUUUUUCCUAUGAAAUGAGUCUUGAUCUGUGUCCGUGUUGAGCCUGGAGCAGGAGGGAAGGGGGCAGCCUUGGGUCCCCUUGGGCUAGGAGAGGGAAGAGAGGGAACUGUGGUGUGUAAAUAGGUGGCUCGGUGGCUCAGGCGGCCUCAGGGUUCUUUCAUUGUGCCUGCCUUCUGUGAACCACUGGGUUUUGGACGCAGAGGUGCAGCUUUAGCUGGCCAGAGCGGAGCGGCAGGGGUGCAGCUCUGUUGGGCCACAGCAGUGGGCGGAGAGCUCCUGCUGGUGAGGAAAUCUCGGUCCCCGGCAGCCGCCGCUGCCCCUUUGAUGUUUUGGUACGCCGUGCGCAUGCGCUCCACAUUAGAAUUACUGCACUGGGCAGACUAAGUUGGAUCUCCUCUCUUCAGUGAAUCCCUCAAUCCCACCAAAAACUAAAGGGAUGUGGAGAGUCCGGAAAAGGGGCUACUUUGGGAUUUGGUCAUUUCCCUUAAUAAUCGCCGCUGUCUGUGCUCAGAGUGUCAAUGACCCUAGUAAUAUGUCGCUGGUUAAAGAGACGGUGGACAGACUGUUGAAAGGAUAUGACAUUCGUCUGAGACCAGAUUUUGGAGGUCCCCCUGUGGCUGUAGGAAUGAACAUUGAUAUCGCCAGCAUCGAUAUGGUUUCUGAAGUCAAUAUGGACUAUACCUUGACCAUGUAUUUUCAGCAAGCCUGGAGAGAUAAGAGGCUGUCCUACAAUGUAAUCCCUUUAAAUUUGACUUUGGACAAUCGAGUGGCAGACCAGCUCUGGGUGCCUGACACCUACUUCCUGAAUGAUAAGAAGUCAUUUGUACAUGGGGUGACUGUCAAAAACCGUAUGAUACGACUGCAUCCAGAUGGUACUGUCCUGUAUGGCCUCAGAAUCACAACUACGGCUGCCUGUAUGAUGGACCUAAGGCGGUAUCCAUUGGAUGAACAAAACUGCACGUUGGAGAUUGAAAGCUAUGGCUAUACAACUGAUGACAUUGAGUUUUACUGGCGUGGAGAUGACAAUGCAGUCACAGGAGUGACGAAGAUAGAGCUUCCUCAGUUCUCCAUUGUAGAUUAUAAACUCAUCACCAAGAAAGUUGUUUUCUCCACAGGUUCUUAUCCCAGAUUGUCCCUAAGUUUUAAGCUGAAAAGAAACAUUGGCUACUUCAUCCUGCAGACAUACAUGCCGUCCAUUCUGAUUACCAUCCUCUCCUGGGUCUCCUUUUGGAUUAACUAUGAUGCUUCUGCUGCACGGGUUGCAUUAGGAAUUACAACUGUCCUAACGAUGACCACAAUCAACACCCACCUCCGGGAGACUCUCCCUAAAAUCCCCUAUGUAAAAGCCAUUGACAUGUACCUAAUGGGAUGCUUUGUCUUCGUCUUUAUGGCCCUUCUGGAAUAUGCUUUGGUCAACUACAUCUUCUUUGGGAGAGGACCCCAGCGCCAAAAGAAAGCAGCUGAGAAAGCUGCUAAUGCCAACAACGAGAAGAUGCGUCUGGAUGUCAACAAGAUGGACCCCCAUGAGAACAUCUUACUCAGCACCCUUGAGAUAAAAAACGAGAUGGCCACAUCAGAAGCAGUAAUGGGACUUGGAGACCCCAGGAGCACAAUGCUUGCCUAUGAUGCCUCCAGCAUCCAGUAUCGGAAAGCUGGGUUGCCUAGGCAUAGUUUUGGCCGCAACGCUCUGGAGCGACAUGUGGCACAAAAGAAAAGUCGCCUGAGGAGACGUGCCUCUCAACUGAAAAUCACCAUCCCCGACUUGACUGAUGUGAACGCCAUUGAUCGGUGGUCCCGCAUUUUCUUCCCUGUGGUGUUUUCCUUCUUCAACAUUGUCUAUUGGCUUUAUUAUGUGAACUAAACUACAGCCUCCCAUGAGAAGCAAGGACUAGAUUCCUCUUCAAACAGUUGUACAGCCUGAUGUAGGACUUGGAAAACACAUCAAUUCAGGACAAAAAGUGAUGUUAAAAUACCUUAGUUGCUGGCCUAUCCUGUGGUCCAUUUCAUACCAUUUGGGUUGCUUCUACUAAGUAAUGAAUACACUAAGGUCCUCGUGGUUUUCCAGCUACAAUGCAAGUGAUUUGUACACAUGCUGGCAAGAUCAAGUGUGAAUUAUUCCACUUUAUCAGUUUUAGUACACAGCCUACUCAGUGGGUUAUUAUCUAGAUUCUAGAAGAUGCUAAAAAGCUCAAUCUCACGGGCAGUCAAUUCUCUGAGACACGGCCAUUUCGAAAUGUCCUCCAUCAUUGUUCCUAAGAUUGGCAUGCAGUUGGGACACCACUGUGCAUAUGAAACAUUAUCUGCAAUAAUGCAAACAUGCUACUCCAGUAUGGGGUUUGAGGUCUGAGCCAGAUGAUGAUGAUGUCACGGAAUGGUGAUUCUCAAGGGCCUAAUAGAUUAGUAUGCAUUUUGAGCACAAUCAGUAUAGGGAGGUUGGACAAAGAUUCAAAGAAGAAACUCAGGAAUCCAGUUUAUCUGGUCUGUUUGAUUGCCAAUAAAGAACCGGCCGGCCGGCAUAGCUUUCAAGUGGGCCUUAGGGAGAGGAAGAUUUCUGAGCAGACCAGGUGCAGCAGCCACAGUUAACAUUUUGCCGAAAAGCUGUUUCCCAUGUGGUUAAAAUAAAAGUUAACAGCACAGAGCAGGGUCAAAAGUCCAGAAACGACUGUGGUUAAGAGAGUAAAACAACCAAGUGUGACCCUUAUCACUGCAACACAGAAUGUGGUCUGAACACAGAGCUGAGCAGAAAGACUAGAAAAAGACAUUGAUUUGCCCUUGUCAUGAGCUUAGCACACUUUACGAGGAUUUUUAUAAAUCAUUCAUUUCAUCAAAAAGUAGCUAUCAAAUAGAAAAGUGGAGGGAAUUAGAAGUACCUUGAUAGCUUAUAUUGAGAAUCAUUCUAACAGUCAAGCAUAGAGUACAGAUGAACAGGUCACUUUUCUCAGUGUCAGCUGCCCUUACAUUGACCUCUUCUAGGUUUAUAUCAGAUUGGAAUACAAUAUUUUAAAAAAGGGAAUUUGUUCCUUACCCUGAAGGUUUAGUCAUCAACUUUUCUUGCAUUUAAAAUUUCUGAUUUUACACUUAGGAGAUAGCCCCAGUGAGGCUUUGCUGAGACCGUGUGAACUGGGUUUUCUUUUGUAUUCUCCAAGGCUUGUGUGUGCACAAAUGGAAUCUGUGGGUCAGUGGGGUUUGAUAAUUUAAAGGGUGCUUACAUUGUAUAUAUUGCAAUCUACUUAAUCAAGCAAAACACGAAAAGUAGUGGACACUGGGAUUAGAACAAGGCUGUGGUGUGCGAGUGUUGUCCUCUCAGCUCAUGGUUCGAAACUGGAGAUGACUGAGAAGCAGGCUGCUGUGAUGGCUUGUCUUUGUUCUGCUUUUCAAAUUUUGUCAUUGUGCAUCUUUCUAUAUCGGGCACACACAUUAUUUACAGAAAAGAGAAUAGGGUAACAUAUCUUAUUUUUUUGGCAAUGGGGAGGGGUUGUUCUAUUUGGUUUUUACCUAUAGAAAAUACUAAAUUACUAUGUUUUCUAUCAAAUUGAUUUUGAUUGACCUUUACCUCAGAGGAUGACUUUGCUACAUCUACUUUUAAAACAAUCAAAGAAUUAUUCUGUCUUCAGAGUAGGAUCCCCAGUUAAGUGUAUAGGGGUCAUGGCUAGUAUCAUUUUGCAGAUGAAUCUUUCCCCUCAUGAUUCAAAAAAAACCUAGGAUAGCAAGCAUUAUUGUGUGCUUCUAUUCCAACAAUUAAAGAAAAACAAGAAAAAUAAAUAAAAAUUCAUCAUUCAUUUUCUAAAUUUAACAAAGAUGGGAUGGUAGGUUUUUAUGGGGUUUCUGUUGUUUUGUGGUUAUUAUUAAUUUAUUUUUUUCUAUUUUUUUUUCCAAUCAGUAUUGGAAUGUCUGGCUCCUGUGUUUUCAUUAUGUGCUUAACACUUUUGAGUUUGAGUUACAAGGCUACAGAUAUGACUGAGGAUGUUCACAUGUGCUCAGAGUAAAGAGUUUUUGAGUUUCUCCAGGGCUUUCUCCUACAAAAUUAUUUGAGGGGGUAUCACAGUAAUAAAAGUGCCUAUCCCUUGUCACCAGGGGUGAAGUCUGAGUAGAAAACUAAGGAAGAAGUAUAACCUUAAUCUCAGGGGCACACCUGUGACAUGCCAUUCUGAAAAGAUUUUUCUAAAGACAAUUCAGAGCCGAAGUCUAGGCUCCAAUCUGCAAUUUCCAUAAAAGCCAUAACAAAGAUCUUGAUAUUGUCAUUUGUGAUUAUAACAAAAUCUUAGAUGUCCAGGAAAGUCAAUCACAUAAUUUAUAUCAAAAUGGAGAGAAGCAGCCUCACAGGGUAGGCUUCACAUGCUUAUGACCAGCAAACAGAUUUCUGGUCUAACUAAUGCAGAGAAAAGACGGGACCUUUCAAUCAAUGCCCUAUAGUGAAACCAUAUGUUGACAUUUAAUAUCCAUAUAGGUAAAGAACACUGACUCCUCCCAUCCAGGAAUAAGAGUCCAUGUAGAAUUUAUUUUUAAGCUAUGUAUUUAGUUGAAUUAGAAUGCAGGAAAGGGUGCUAGGCCUGAUGAAUCUGGGAAAACCAAUUAGUUUGUUACCCAGUAAUUAAACUAAUGGACCACCAAGGUGUGUUUUGACAAUCUUGAAAUGAUAUUACUAACCGUUUAUACAUAUGUAUAGGUUUUUUUUCCUUUUGAUUAUAUAAUAGCCAGAUAGCCAGCAAUUAAGGUGUUUUUCAUCUUUGAGAAAUUAGUAGGCAAAUUCUGACUCUCAAAUGCACAGUCUAAACAAAAUCUCUGAUCUCAAUUUGUAUAUAUAUAUUGUACAUGACUGCUUGUAGGUAUGAAAUGCACCUCCGAAUUGAAAUCUCAUGCAGCAUACCCAUGUGUUUGCAUAGGAAUGUUACAAUUAUUUCUACUGCAAUUUAACAACAGAGAAUAGGACUCAAGCAGUGUCAUCUAGUCCUUCUGUCUCUUCAUUUCAACAAGAGCAGUGCUAAGUAAAAUAAUAACAACAAUAAUAAUAAUAACGAUUUUUUAAAAAAAAACCAAAAGACACUACAUUCUAGGAUUAGGACCACACAGAAGUGAUCUGUCAGCUUACAAAAGCACAAGACAUCAAAAAAGUGCAGUGGAAUUUCUAAUGGAGAAAUAAAUCACAGGUAUUUUAAGCAAGACCUGCUUUAAAUCGGCAACUCUGACCAAUUUCGUUUUCUGUAGGUCACUGUGUUUCAGUCUUAUAGGUAACUUCAUGGUCAAAAACUGAAAACAUCAACACAGACAGGUCUUAGAGCAUAUCUACAUGUGUAUAUGUGUAUAUAGAGAUACAUGUAAACACACAUGCAUAUGUAUGCAUUCAUAUGUCAGAAACAAAAGGAAUAAGCUAAUGAGUUAUUUCCUUCAUUGAGCCUGUAUAUGACUAUCUUUUUUUAAUUUGGCCACCAACAGUCAUCAUUCUGAAAUAAGUAAUACAGGGUACUGAACAUCUUUCUCAACAAAUCAAUGCCUACAGUUCCUAAGAACAUUGCACAGUUGGACACUACAAUAGUACUGUACCUCAGAAUAUGAGAUGUUAACUAGUUUCUUCAUUGCUUGUCAAAUGUCCAUUUGCUCUCUUUUAAAGGACACAGAUAAUACUGUCCAAUGUUGAUUUAAAAUUUAAAAGAUAAAAUUUUAAAAAUGGGGAAAAAUCCUCUUGAGAGGAGAAAAAAAACUACCCCUCACCAUGAUGGUCAGGGAAAUUUACAACUGUAGCAAUCAUGCCAUUUUGCUAAGUGUACAGAAUCUCUUAUGUAAGCAACCAUAACUUUCACUGAGCGUGUGUAAAUAUUUAAACAGAUUUCUUAAAUAUUUUUAACUUCUAAUUUGUAUUUUACGGUAAGGCAAUGUACUAAUUCUGUUUAUGGCUUACUUUGACGUGCUACAUUCUGUACAUAAUUAAAGAUGCUGUAAAUUAAUAGUCAAUAGAUACAAAUAAUUGCUUAGGGUAUUUUUUGUCUUAAUUUUAUCGAUUUAUUUUUUACUAAGUAUGUUUACUGCAGUGCCCCAGCAGAGUAAUUUAAACACCCUUUUGCAUAAAUGAUUUGGGAAUCCCGGACAGAAGGGUUUCCACUGCUGUUACUCACAAACAGGUAUGAAUACACACACACACACACACACACACACACACACACACACACCAUCUUCUACAACCUGCUUUUCACUCCCAUUUUUUCUCCCUCUCAGUGGGAAAUGUAGUAUUGUUUUGGUAUCAUAUUAAGAAGCAAGAGAUACUUUUACGACGGUAAAUGGAAAAAAGAAGUGGUUAGGGUUAACUUAAUAGUUUUUAUAUGCUAGAGAAAAGAAGCCAAAGUUCGCAAACUGUAGCUAAUCCCCCAAAAGUAGACAUUUAUAGCAGCACUGCAGAUAACAACAAAAUUAUUCAUACCAGCUCCACAAAUUUGUUACAUACGAUGUAUGCUGGAAGAGGUUUUUUUUUUUAGUAUAUACUAGCGUUUGUCUUUAGAUAGUAUUAUUCCUUUCAACCAAAGACUCCAGAAUUAUUUUGCAAAAGUAAAGAAAAAAAAGAAAGAAAGGAAAUGGAAAAAAAAAGUCACUGCUUCACACCAAAGUUUAAAUAAUUUUUCCAAAUGCAGUAGGGAGAUGGUUUUUAAAAAAAUAGGAAGGAGUCAAUAGAGAGCAAAUUCCGAAGCCACCCUGAGCAAAUUAUUGUUUGUUUGUGUGUCUGUUUGUGUUUUUAAGUUGGAAAAAAAUUAAACCUUUCGUUUAAUUUUAAAUAGCUUUAGUUAUGGGAAAUUCAUUGAGAACAUUUUUCUAGAUAUGUGCAAGAUUUUGACAUCAAGGAGUACUUUUAUGAUAAACAUUCAAACUGAUGAAAACCAAAAGUUUAUUUUGAGUUCUAAAGUGAAAUGCCACCUACAUCUGAGGCCGCACCCCUGUCACUCACCAUUUGAGUCAAGUCAACAUUUCCAUCAGCUUCGAUUCUUUCCCAUUUUAUGUUUUGGUUCAGUGAUUAACAGUCUAUACAUAUCCGUUUAAGACACAAUUGAUUCAAACAAAGUUGCCUAUAAUUUAAAUUCCAUGCCACUUACAAUUUUUCUUUGCAUGGGUGUUUAAAUAGUUCUGUUAUAGAAUUGUUCCUGCAUAGUUCCAAAUUGUCCGUUUCUAAGAAGUGAUGUUCCAGUGUCUUCACAAUGUAGUGAUUAUCAGCCUUACAACGACCUUGUAGCCUUUCUAAACAUACACACACACACACAUCAUGCUCAUUCCCUAAUGGCUAGAAAAUACAAAGCACUAGCGGGAUUCAUUGCAUCCAUUUUCACGUCUUUCUAACAUCAGGACUUCUAAAAAUCUCUGGGAUACACGCGGUAGUAAAAUUCAAAAGAGGAUUAUCAAUGGAUAGCACAUAAGAAUUAUUUUCAUGAAUUUCAACUAAUUGCAGCCAGUUUCAGCAUGUAAAUAUAUAAUAAUGUUGGCUAGUGUGUAAUUCUUGACCUAAGAAAUAUAAAUAAAAAUUAAAAGUUCUAUGUGUGGUUUUAUUGU